CAAACCCUAACCUUCUCGAACCUUCCGUUCCACCCAGAGCCAUCUCCAUGGCCUCCUCCCCCGCGAGAUCCUCCUCUCGGCCGCAGCGCUUCCCGGAGAAUCUCUUCGUGCUCGACAACCCCAGGCCCGAGGAUAAGCUGACCCCGCAGAUCUUCCUGGCGGCGGGGGAUGGCAACAUCCGCUCGAUGAAGAAGCUGGCGGAGGGGCUAGCAAGGGAGGGGAAAAGCUUGAGGGAGAUGACGGUCAAUGACCCGCUGCACAGGAGGCUCGGCCCGCUGCACUUCGCCGCCUGGUCCGGGAAGCUGGAGAUGUGCAGGUUCCUCAUCAAGGAACUCCACCUCGACGUCAAUGCGGACGCUGACCGUGGUUCGUCGCCUCUACUAUUUGCAGCAUGUGGUCGUGCACCUAAAGAAGCUGUGAGGCUUCUACUUGAUCGUGGUGCUGAUCCAAACAUAGCAUCCGGGAAAGGGUAUACUGUGCUCCAUGUUGUUGCAACCAUGACAAAGAGAGAUUCCAGUGGGGUAGCAGAGAUAUUAUUGUCCAGAGGGGCCAAUGUUGACCCCAUGUGCGAACUAGGAACCCCACUACAUUAUGCUGCUGAAUGUGGAAAUGUGCAAAUGCUGGACAUGCUGUUGCAGUAUCACGCAAAUCCUAACAGAGUUGUGCGUUUAUUCUAUGCACCACUGACAUUGGCUAUCUUUGCUCAUUCGUUGAAGUGCGUGGAACUACUUAUUAAGGCUGGUGCUGAUGUCAAUGCUGGUAGACCUGUAACUCCAUUAAUAAUAGCUGCAGCUGAUGGCUUAGCUGACUGCGUCAAGUGUUUGUUGGAAGCUGGUGCUGAUGCCAAUAUUCCUGAUGAAAUUGGUAGAACACCAUUGGAAAUAGCUGCAAUCCAAGGAUGGAAGGAAUGCGUUGAGAUCCUUUUUCCUUUCACAUCCCGUCUAACCAGAUUUCCAGACUGGAGCAUUGAUGGAAUAAUGCAACAUGUGGCAUUAGGGAGUUCAAGAGAUUAUAAAAAAUGUGAGGGAUCUGCUUUAAAAGCCCAAGGGGAUGCUGCAUUUCAGGCAAAGGAUUAUCCUCAUGCAUCGGAUCUGUACACUAAGGCAGUCGAGACUGACCCUCAUGAUUCAACCUUGUACGCAAAGAGGAGCCUUUGCUGGCUGCAUAUUGGUGAAAAAGACAAAGCUUUUAAUGAUGCCAAUACCUACAAAGGUAUGGAUGUGGACUUGUCAAGUUCCUGCCAUGAGCAAGCAGCAGCUCUAAUACUAACGAAGGAGUAUGGCCUUGCAUGCAAAGCUCUCCUUUCUGGCUUGAAAUUGGAUUUUGGACGAGGUCCGAUUGGUGAAGUAUCUCGGUAAUCUCUGCUCUUGUUCUGGGAGAAGAAUGCGUGAAGAAAGGUUAGUUAUUACUGCCUGGACAAUGCCAAGCGUCCACUGAAGUUGUGAUGGCUGCGUUUUUGUUCGAUCUUGCAUGUUGACAGUAGUGUGUCCAUAUUUUUGGGUGUAGAGAUGUACCUAGCAUGUAGGCUAUAAUCUGGCAGGUGAAUCGCCUCGAUACCUUGAUCAUGGAUGGGCUCGCCAUUAUCAUGUUAGUAGGAAACAAGAGAUAUGAUUUGAUCAAACGAGAGAUGUGGUUUGAUCACAGACGAUCAACCAAUCACUACAAAAUAGGCAAUACUCGUGAUAUUGCCAAAUCUUCUACAGUUGCAUGUUGCCGGCAUAUGCUACAAAAUGUGAA